CGUCGCUUGCGUCGUGACGGACCUGGCAUUCAUACGGAAUGUUGCCUGGAUUCAUGCACCUAUCCAGAGCUGCUCGCCUAUUGUAAAACAGUUUAAGCACUAGCAAAAGCAUACACAUACAUUUAUAUACAUACAUACUAUACACACACAUACACAUAUACGUAUACGUAAUCCUAAUCACUUAUUUAUGCAGCACAAAAUGUACUCGUAGCUAAUGAAUAAAAGUAAAACUGUGCAAAAAGUUUUGCCUCUCAGCAAAAGCAAACGCAAUAGCAAAAAGCAAAAACGUAAAAGUUAAGGGCCUACAUACCCAAACACAGAGCAGUCCACUUCCUGUUACAGCUACCGCUUUACAUCAACGACUUUGACUUGCACUUCAUCUUCAUCUUUGACUCUCCAACUCCAACACCAACAUCAACAUCAACUCCAACUCCAACUUGAACUUCAUCUGCAGCUAAAUGACUAACUUCAGCUUUCGUUGUUUGCUGGCGGCCUUGCUCUGCUUCCUGUGGCUGCCAAACGAUGCCAGCGCUCGCAUUGGCUACUUCUGGCACAUCAGCGAUCUGCACUUGGACAGUUUCUACUCCAGCCAGGGCGACAUCUACCGCAGCUGCUGGCAACUGGGACAUGCCAACAACGGUGCCAACGAGCUGCCCGGACACUAUGGCCACUACAAUUGCGACAGUCCUUGGAGCUUGGUAGAGUCGGCGGUCAAGAACAUGAAGGCCAAGCAGGGCGACAAUGUCGAGUUUGUGCUGUGGACAGGCGAUGCGCUCUCACACUCUGCGCAGCCGCUCUCGGCCCAAAAGCAACAUGAGCUGCUACGCAACAUAACCGAGCUGCUGGGACGCAGCUUCUCCUCGCCCUUUAUCUUUCCCGUGCUGGGCCACGAGGACGGCAGCAGCGGCCUGCAAAAGUACAAACAAAUGGGCGAACUCUGGCGCCACUGGCUGCCCACUGAGGCGUUGGUUACCUUCGAGCAGGGCGGCUACUACUCCAUAGAGCAGAGCAAGAGUCCUUUGCGCAUUGUAGCGCUGAAUACGAAUUUUAUGCGGCAGGACUAUGAGACAGAGAGCAAUGGCAGGCAAAGUCUGCGCUGGCCUGCCGAGUAUUAUGUGGAGCCCAAGACAGAGAGCAGCACGCUCUCGGCACAGGAUCAGCUGCAGGCGGAGCAGCAAUGGCUCUGGCUGGACGAAGUGCUGCAAAAGGCGCUAAGCAAAGGUGAAACGGUGUACAUUGUGGGUCACAUGCCCCCGGGCGUGGAUGAGCGCCAGCUGGGGCCGCAGCUCAGUGGCCAGCAGAGCUUCACCGAGCGCAACAACAGGCGCUAUCUGGAGCUGGUGCGCAAGUAUGCGAGCGUUAUACAGGGACAAUUCUUUGGGCAUCUGCACUCGGAUACAUUUCGUCUCAUGUACGAUGUCAAGGGCACGCCCAUAAGCUGGCUGAUGGUAACGCCAUCGGUGGUGCCGCGCAAGGCUGGACUAGGCGCCUCCAACAAUCCUGCUUUGCGACUCUACAAGUUCGAUACGAGCAGCGGCCAGCUGUUGGACUAUACGCAAUACUGGCUGGACUUGCCGCUGGCGAAUCGCGCCCAGGAGCCGCUCUGGCAGCUCGAGUACAAUCUCACGCAUUACUAUGGCCUGAGCGAAAUCACGCCCACCGAGCUGCACAACUUGGCGCAGCGCUUCUCUGGCAAGGAUGUCUCCUGGUUCAACAGAUAUCAUCGCGCGAAUGCUGUGCGCUUCCAGUCGGGCACGCCCUGCUUGGGCCUCUGUAUGCUCAAUCAUUACUGCGCCAUUACACGCCUGGACUACGACGAGUUUCGGCUGUGCCUGGAGUCCGAGCAGCUGCCGCUGCAGUCGCAUGCAAGCGUUGCCAGCUGCGCAGUCGGCGUCAUGUUUGCGCUGCUGCUGCUGCUGCUGCUGCUGCUUCAGCCGGCCUACAACUCAGCGAAUUUAUAAGCAAAUAGUAGCAGUGCUUAAACGAAAGCUUCAGCGGCAAGGCAGGCGCACGCUUCUCCCCCCUCCCUUAGCCCUUAGCCCUUCACCCUUUGCCCACACCCAUAGAUUUAUCCUUAAACAAACUCUUAAAUAAUGUGUGCUGUUUUAAUGCUCUAUGUACGUGUAUAACUGUAACUUUCUCUCUCUGUGUGUGUGUGUGUGCGUGUGCCUGCCUGCUCGCCAUAUCAUAUGUAUGUGUAUGUUGGUGUAUGUGAUAAGAAUAUGUCUAUUAUUGGUGUGUGUAAACAAAAAGAAAUAACAAAAACACGAUUAAAGUUUUUAAUGUUAACGCCGGCUUUAUUUUCGAUAAAUAUUUAAGCAAGAAUUUGUGGCAUAAAU